UCCAAACACUUUGACCAAUCAGUCUGUUGAGCGAGCAAGUCAAGCUGAAUCCAGGUAGACCACCAUUGCAGGGUUUAUUUUUAGCCAGCGAUUAAAGAGUCACAUGAAGAUAUUCUUGCCUGUAGAGCAAGGCAACCUCGAGAUUAUCCUGCUCUGAGUCUUUUCAAAUCAUCCCGUCGUUGUGAGUUACGUUAGGGAAUUAGCUUUAGCUCGUUGCCCGAUCUAGUGUUUCUAGCAAGUAUGUCAUACCGGAAAACAUUCAGACUUGUAUGUGGGUUUGCCGGAGGUUCUGCUGUUCUAGUUUUCGCAGCAGCCGCCGCUGAAUCUCGUGGGCAUUUCGGUACCAACACCCGGGGAGAGACCAGUCACUGGGGUGGAAUUCCAGCUAUCCAGGCUGCACAGCCGGCACAGACGUGGCCAGCGGGGAGUCAUACAGCUGGACCAAGUGGACGUACCUGGGACUUUAACUGGGACAAACGGGAUCCAACUACGCUAUUGAAUGGAAAGAAGAAGGAGAGUUUGAGUGAAGACCCAAGCACAGAACAGGAGAAUGGCAAACCCAAAGCCACACGCAACAUCCUUCUAAUUCGACAUUCCCAGUACAACUUAAGUGGGACUGGAGACAUGGAGAGGAUCCUUACACCACUAGGCCGGGAACAGGCAGAGCUGACUGGUCAGCGCCUAGCAACGCUGGGACUGAAGUAUGACAUCCUGAUACACUCAACCAUGGCCAGGGCCACUGAGACCGCCCACAUUAUCAGCAAGCACCUCUCAGGAGUAGAAUUGGUGAGCUGUGAUUUGUUGAGGGAGGGCGCACCAAUCGAGCCGGUGCCCCCAGUCACCCACUGGCAGCCUGAUGCUGUGCAGUACCACGAGGACGGGGCAAGGAUCGAGGCGGCGUUUCGCCGGUACAUCCACCGGGCCGACCCCAAGCAGAAGGAGGACAGCUACGAGGUCAUCGUCUGUCAUGCCAAUGUCAUCCGCUAUUUUGUGUGCAGGGCUCUCCAGUUUCCUCCGGAGGGCUGGCUCAGGAUGGGCCUCAACAACGGCAGCAUCACCUGGCUCACCAUCCGACCCAGCGGCAGGGUGGCGCUGAGGACUCUGGGAGAUUCCGGCUUCAUGCCUCCAGACAAGCUCACUCGGACCUGACCCCACCCCCUUUGCCAUGGCGACGGGCGUCGGUCGCAUGGCUCCUCCGGCUCUCGAUUUCUCCUUCGGUGUCUUGAGAGUGGACCGUCAGUGUUAUUUUUGUGAACGUGCAACGAAUGCUACCUUGAUGUGGUGUUGUGGUCUCUUGCCGUGCCAUAUGUUUGCAUUGCAUCUCAGGGGAGCACCUUAUCCCUGCAGGUUUUGUAUUGAACAGAGGGGAGCGCAUGGGAUCUGACUGCUGUUGUGGGCGCCUGAGGAGUCAAGCAGGUUGGAACACAACUCACCCGAGGUCCUUCAACAUGAAUGUAAUCUUUUUAGAGAAUUUUGAAGAAAUGGUGACGUCAAAAGAAAAUUCAAAAACAUUUCAUCGUUUGUACGACUAAUGCAUAUACCAAGGUUUUUUUCGUGUGUUUGUGUAAGUGGAAACUUGGAAUAAACGGUCAUGGUAUUGA